CAGACCAGGCUUUGUUCCGGGAAUGGAUGAUUUGUUUAGGCAAACGAGGUGCCUUAGAGUUGUUUAUCUCUUGAAAAUGCAAGAUUUUUUUUUAUUUUUUUUUUAACAAUGAAACAGAGUAUGAAUAACCUGCACUUUUUUUUUUUUUUGGGGAUCAGAUUUUCUGGCACUCGAAAGGAGAAGAAAGAGGAGUCUGGCAGUGGCAGGGAUCAAAGUAUUCCACCCCCAAAACCUCAACCUUUUAAAGAUAAAAAGAAAGAGCAGAACUGGUUUCAAAGAAAAUUCUCUAGGCAAAUGAGUCGAGAUUAUGAUUCCAGCAAUGGAGAUGAGCAAGGGAUUGCAGUGGCAGCUGCUGCAUAUGCCAUUAGCUCGCUCGAAGAAUUCGGAACCCCAGACCAAAAACAGAGAACGAAGGAGCCUGGAACUUCUACCGUCGCAACCAAGAGCAAGAAAGAAGACGGGAUAAUUUCAAUUCCAGACUCCGGUAAAGAUUCCAAAAGAUUCUCAGGUGAAAGUUCAAUGAAAAGUUUCGAAAAUCAAGAUAGCAAGGUGCCAGUAACAGCUGAAAAGGCCUUGCCUCCUGCUGAUAAGCCACCGAAAGGCAGUUUUAAGAAAUCGAGUGGAAGUUUCAAACUUGGAAGUAAAAAAUCGAAGCCUGAUUUGCCCACCACUGCUAAACCUGCACCCCCACCAGCUGAAACCAGAAGGCAGAGUUCAACAAGGCCUGGGACAGAAAAAUCACAAGCAGAUAUUUGGGAACAAGCUGAGUUGGCUAGGAUCACAGAAAGGUAUGAGAAGCAACAAUCCACCAUACAUUCAUGGGAGGACAAGAAGAAGAAAAAAGCCAAGCGCCGACUGGAUAAACAAGAGAGAGAAUUGGAGAGCAAAGGGGCCAAAGCCAUGCAAAGGUUCCGCAGCAAUAUUGAACAUAUUGAUCAGACUGCAGGGGGAGCAAGGGCAAAGGCAGAGGAAAAGAAGAGGAAUGACGUGUUUAAGGUGAAAGAAAAGGCAAAUAUAAUCAGAAAAACAGGGAAAGUUCCAAAAACAUGUUUCUGCUUCUAAUUUUACAAAUUAUAUAAUCAGGGACAGUUUCAAGCUAAGCAGCAAAAUACCUAGUGAAUGUAAUAAUUCUUUUAUAACCUUGUACCUAAAUGAGAUACCACUUGUAUGAAAACUUUGCUGCA